CAACCUCUCCACCAUGGGCAAGACCAAAGAGCUGUCUAAGGUCACCAGGGACAAAAUUGUAAACCUGCAAAAGGCUUGGAUGGGCUACCGGACAAUAACCAAGCAGCUUGCUGCUUUUAUAAGCUCUCCGCCUUGCUGCUGACAUUGACCAAGCAGGUCAAGUUUCAAGUUUUUAAAGAUUCAAACCAAUGUGGAGCAGCUGAAUGCAGCGGCAAAGUCAAGAGAAACUAAAGCAGAACAUGAUCAGAAUGAUAUGUGAAGCCUCUUAGGUAAAGACAAGCUUUGCAAGGCAAGAUGCCCGUCUACUGUUGGAGAGUCUCAACGUCUAUCCUACUCUUGUGAACACACUCUCAGAAACACCCACAGAGGAUAACUUCAAAUUUUGCUCAAUAUCACUCUUGGACUCAAGGAAAAAAAAAGGUCACUACUCAGCACUGUCCAGUCUCCAUGAUGGCCAGGCGCAGGAAAUUCAACUUGAGACCUGACGGACUUGCUCGUGUUCAGCCGUCCAUCUCAAAGGGUUUAUUAAGUGGGCCAGUUGCCAUAGCGACGCUUUGGCAGGAUAUUGCCAGGAUAAGGCGUAAUGGGUCUCCUGACGCAGUUCACUCUGCUCCUGUGGAAGAACUUCACUCUCCGGAAGAGACAAAAGGUGCGGCUGGUCGUUGAAGUGAUAUGGCCUCUGUUUCUCUUCUUCAUACUGGUGGCGGUGCGCUCCACCAACCAACCAUUUUUCAAAGGACAAUGCCACUACCCAAAUAAAGCCAUGCCGUCGGCUGGCGUUCUGCCCUGGCUUCAAGGGAUGAUGUGUAACAUCAACAAUCCCUGUUUGAACUACCCAACGCCGGGGGAGACACCAGGCCAAGUCAACAACUUCAACAACUCCAUAGUUGCUGGGAUGUUAAUCGAGCUGCAAACCCUGGUGGUGAACAGAUCCAUACUCAGCAAGGCUCAGCUGGUGGCUGUUGACAUUGAACAGUGGUCUUCAAUCCUGUCACAGUCCAAUCCUGGUAACGUGAUCCUCCGGACGAUACUCAGAGACAACGAAACUUUCUCCUCUCAUCUGGAAGACAAUUUGUCCGUGCCACCAGCCGUGGUCGAGAGCCUUCUGAACGCACGGAUAAAAGUCAACCCAAUGACGGGCAUCGCGCGGCCAGGGAGCCUGAGGAGCAUCCUGUGUGAGGGGACAGAUCUGGAUCAGUACGUCCAAUUUAGCAGCCAAGCCGAAAAGGAGGCUUUUCAAAACGUCAGCUGCUCCCUCACUCCCCAGCAGCUGAUUAACACCCAGCAAGUUUUCCUGCAAAAUCUGGAUGGAAGAAAAGUGCUUUCAGAGAUCGCUCCAGCUUCGGAUCAGAACUCUGUCAACCCAGCCACUCUGGUGUUAAAAACUGCUCAAGAUGCGCGCCCAUUGUUGGAGGAGGCGGCCCGGUUGCAGAACUCUAUGAUCUUUAAGGCGGCCAGAUCAUUGGAUUUCCGAAAUGACAUGAUCGGCAGUGUGAAUAUGCUAAUGUGUGAGAGGAAGUCUGACGUAAAUACCACCAACAUGUUCACCAGUUCAAACUCAUCUAUUCAGGCGACAAACUUCAACUUAAUGUCCCUCAUGGGGAACAGCUCAGAUGAUUUUUGUCAGACUCUCACCAACACCCUGGAGGGCACACCUGGCCUGCGCUACAUUUGGAGCACCUUCAAGCCCUUAUUGCAAGGGAAAGUCCUCUACAGUCCUGAUACACCUGCUGCUCUCCACAUAGUGAAGGAGGCAAACAGCACAUUCAAUGCCUUGGCUAUGCUAAGAGAGCUAGCGGAUUCGUGGGAUGAACUUGGGCCCCGUGUUUGGGAUUUCCUUCAGGACAGCACACAAGUCAAUACAAUACGGGCUCUGCUGGCGAAUCCUGUGUUCGCUGCCGCCUUCAACCAAGGUCUCAACCGCACAUCAUGGACGUCUGAAACCCUGGCCAACUUCCUCUACAACGGGCCCCCAGAGGAUCGUCCACCCGGCAUGCCGGACCGAGACUGGCGAGAUGUUUACAACACAACCACCCAAAUACUGAAGCUCCUCUCCAAGUUCCUCAGUUGUUUAGACUUGAACAAGUUCGAGGCUGCCCCCAAUGAAGAGCAGCUGGUGACCAAAGCCCUGGAGCACCUGGAGAACGAUACUUUCUGGGCUGCUGUUGUCUUUGAAAACCUGCAGGAGAACUCAAGCCAACCACCUCCUUAUGUUAAAUACAAAAUCCGCAUGGACAUCGAUGAGGUGGAGGAAACCCUCAGACUGAAAGAGAUGUCUUGGUCUCCGGGGGCUCGAGACAACUCCUUUAACGACCUGCGCUAUAUAUGGGGAGGCUUCGCCUACCUGCAGGACAUGAUGGACCACGGCAUUAUACGAGCGCACACAUCAAAGACCCAACCCCUCGGUGUUUUCGCCCAGCAGAUUCCAUACCCCUGCUUUGUGGAUGACGCGUUCCUCCGGUCUCUGACCCGCUCUCCCCUAUACAUGACUUUAGCAUGGAUCUACUCAGUGGCCAUGAUCGUUAAGGCAUCGUUGCAGAGGAAAGAGGCGAGGCUUAAGGAGACAGUGAGGAUCAUGGGCCUGAGAAGUGCCAUCUAUUGGCUGAGCUGGGCCGUGUCCAGUGUGCUGCCGCUGGCUGUCAGCGCCGUCUUCCUUGCUCUCAUUCUGAAGUAUGGCAUGCUGCAGUACAGCGACCCCUCGGUAAUCUUCGUCUUCCUGCUGGUGUUCUGCCUGUCCACCAUCACUCAGUGCUUCUUCAUUAGCGUCUUCUUCUCUAAGGCUAACUUAGCAGCAGCAUGCGGCGGCCUCAUCUACUUUGUCCUCUACCUGCCGCAUGUCCUCGCCUACGCCUGGAGGGACGUCAUGGGUUUCGGGGUCAAGGUUUGCUGUGGCUUACUGUCAUGCGUUGCCUUUGGCUAUGGCUGCGAGAACUUCGCUAAGUACGAGGUGCAGGGCAUCGGUAUUCAGUGGAACAACAUUUUCAAGAGUCCAGAGGAAGGAGACCGCUACACCUUCAUUGUGUCUAUCAUGAUGAUGCUCCUAGAUGCUGCUAUUUACUGGAUUCUCACCUGGUACAUCGAGAAUGUCUUCCCAGGCCAAUAUGGAAUCCCUAAGCCGUGGUUUCCUUUCACUUCAUCGUAUUGGUGUGGGACAGGCUCAGAGACUAAGUCUGACCCCGACCUGCUGAAAGACUCCACCAUGUACAAUGCAUAUCUGGAGAAACCACCACCUGAUAUGAAGCCAGGGGUCUCGAUCCGCAAUCUGGUUAAGAUCUACAAGACUGGAAAGAAGCUGGCUGUGGACGGACUGAGCAUGGACUUCUACGAGAAUCAGAUCACAUCGUUUCUGGGCCACAAUGGAGCCGGCAAAACAACCACAAUGUCGAUUCUCACUGGACUUUUCCCGCCGACAGCCGGCACCGCUCUCAUUAACGGUUACGACAUCCACACUGACAUGGACAGCAUCCGCAAGUACCUGGGAAUGUGCCCGCAGCACAACGUGUUAUUCAACGAGUUGACAGUGGAGGAGCAUAUCUACUUCUACUCCAGGCUGAAAGGAUGCAGCCGCGAUGAGGUGAAAAGAGAGAUGGACCAGAUGAUUAAGGACGUUGGUUUGCCACAUAAGCGGAAGGAGCUUGCCAAGAAUUUGUCAGGUGGCAUGCAGAGGAAGCUGUCUGUGGCUAUAGCGUUCGUCGGCGGCUCAAAGAUCGUCAUCCUGGAUGAACCUACUGCAGGAGUGGACCCCUAUGCUCGCAGGGGGAUCUGGGAACUGCUGUUAAAGUACAAACAAGGGAGGACUAUCAUUUUGUCGACACACCACAUGGACGAGGCAGACAUCCUGGGUGACCGCAUUGCCAUCAUCUCCCAUGGCAAGAUGCGCUGCUGCGGCUCCUCACUCUUUCUGAAGAAGUGCUUUGGCAGCGGAUACUACCUCACGCUGGUGCGAGAUGGGACUGAGAAGAUGACAGCUCAGCGUAAUGGUGUCAUACAAAGACAGGCCAAAGAGAAAGAAGACUUGCCUUCGAGGGGAAGCAGCCCUGAUGACAGCAUCGGCAGCCAAAGUUUGGACACCUCAGAUCCCUCAGACUUGACAGCUUUGGGUCAACUGGUGCAGCGCCACGUCCCUGAGGCAGCCUUCUUGGAGAGCAUCGGUCAGGAGAUCACCUACAUUCUGCCCUACAGAGGAGCCAGAGAUGGAACCUUUGCACGGCUCUUCCAAGAGCUCGACCUGUCCAUGGCUGACCUCGGCCUGACCAGCUACGGUAUCUCUGACACCACGCUGGAGGAGAUAUUCCUCAAAGUGGCUGAAGAAACUGGAGUGGACACAGAAAUAACAACAACAAAGGAGCUGUCGGUGAGAGACUGCAAGAGAAGCUCCCGCGAAUCCAAGCGGAACAGCAUCAGCAGCGUCCACUUUAAAACAGAACAAGACUCUGGAAUGACGGAAUCAAAGGAGAAAUUCAAAAGUAAAGUUGAAGACCUUAACAGGAAUGCCAGCGUCAAUGGGAGAGGAUCCACAGUCAUCACCGGUUGGAAGCUGAUCAGGAGGCAGUUCCUGGCGCUCUUUAUCAAGCGCUUCCACAACGCCCGGAGGAGCCGCAAGGGACUCAUUGCCCAGGUGGUCUUGCCUGCAGUUUUCGUGUGCCUGUCUCUCAUCUUCUCACUCAUCGUUCCACCGUUCAAUGAAUAUCCAAGUCUGGAGCUGCAACCAUGGAUGUACGGUCUGCCUCAAACCACCUUCUACAGCAAUGAUCUGCCAGACAACGCAGAGGUGUCUCGUGUGACGGAAACCUUGGUGAACACGCCUGGCUUUGGGACUCGCUGCAUGGAUGGAGACCCAAUACCGAAGUUACCAUGCUCUUCGGAUGGCUCUGAUUGGUUUACUCCAUCCGUGGAUCAAUCCAUCACAGACAUCUUCCUCAACGGCAACUGGAGCAUGUCUAACCCCUCCCCCUCCUGUCAGUGCAGCACACCUAAACGCACCAUAAUGUUACCCGAAUGUCCACCUGGUGCAGGCGGGCUCCCUCCACCUCAGCGGAUCCAAAACACAACAGACACCCUCCUGGAUUUAACUGAAAGAAACAUGACAGACUUCUUGGUCAAAACUUUUGAACACUCCGGCAAAACAAGGUACGGAGGGAUCUCUGUCGGAGCAGUCAACUCCCAAGUCCGCAUGACCGAGGCGGCAAUCGAAGCUUCACUCAAGGAUCUCAAAGACCUAUUCAGUACAUUUCAAGAUAAUGUGACUGAUGAGAUCUUCCCGAAGGCUGAAACACUGCUGAAGAAGCUGGGAACCAGGGACAACGUAAAGGUGUGGUUCUACAACCAGGCCUGGCACGGCAUGCCGUCCUUCCUCAGCGUGGCCAACAACGCCAUCCUGAGGGGGAAUCUGCCGGCUGGAGAGGACCCCCGCCAGUACGGCAUCUCUGUGUCAAAUCACCCUCUGAACCUCACCAAGGCGCAGCUCUCCUAUGUUGCUUUGGCCACGACCUCCACCGAUGUAGUGGUGUCCAUCUGCGUUAUCUUUGCCAUGUCCUUCAUCCCGGCCAGCUUUGUCCUCUUCCUCAUCCAAGAGAGGGUCAACAAAGCCAAGCAUCUGCAGUUUGUCAGCGGAGUAAACCCGGCUGUCUACUGGUUGGCCAACUUUGCCUGGGAUAUGUGUAACUACACCGUACCCGCCCUGAUUGUUAUAGUGAUCUUCCUCUGCUUUCAACAAGAAGCCUACGUGUCCUCUGCAAACCUGCCUGCAUUGAUUCUGCUGCUCAUUUUGUAUGGGUGGUCCAUCACCCCCAUGAUGUACCCCGCCUCCUUCAUCUUCAGCGUUCCCAGCACCGCCUACGUGGUGCUCACCUGCAUCAACCUCUUCAUCGGCAUCAACGGCAGCGUGGCCACCUUUGUCAUGGAGCUCUUUGAUGAUGAUGAUGUGUCCCGAAUCAACAACAUCGUGAAGCAGGUGCUGCUGAUAUUCCCACACUUCUGUCUGGGCAGAGGGCUAAUCGACAUGGCCAAGAACCAGGCGAUGGGCACCCUCUUCAGCAGUUUUGGGGAAGACCGAUUUAAGGACCCACUCAGCUGGGAUAUGGUGGGAAAGAACCUUUGUGCCAUGGCCAUUGAAGGAGCUGUCAUGUUCACCCUCACAAUUCUCAUCCAGUAUAAGUUCUUCUGCAAACCAAGGCUUAUUACAGUGAAGUCAUUACCCGAAGAGGAAGAAGAUAUCGAUGUAGCUCGGGAACGUGAGAGGGUGUGUGAUGGCAGAGCUCAGAACGACCUGCUGAGGAUCUGUGACCUUACAAAGGUGUACCCCCGGAAGAGCACCCCUGCUGUGGACAGGCUAUGUGUAGGCGUACCUGCCGCAGAGUGUUUCGGCUUGCUAGGAGUCAACGGCGCUGGAAAAACCACCACAUUUAAAAUGCUGACAGGAGACAUCCCAGUCUCCAGUGGAGAGGCCUUCCUAAAUGGAUACAGCAUACGAACAGAAAUGAGGAACGUGCACCAGAACAUGGGUUAUUGUCCCCAGUUUGAUGCCAUUGAUGACCUGCUGACUGGGCGAGAGCAUCUGGAGUUUUACGCCAGGUUACGAGGGGUACCAGAGAAAGAAGUUACCAUGGUUGCCGAGUGGGGGAUCCAGAAACUGGGACUUGUCAAAUAUUCCAACAAGUCAGCGGGAACAUACAGCGGCGGGAACAAACGCAAACUUUCCACAGCAAUGGCUCUGAUUGGAUGUCCCCCUGUGAUCUUCCUGGAUGAGCCCACCACUGGGAUGGACCCCAAAGCACGCCGCUUCCUGUGGGACUGCAUCCUGAGUAUCAUCAAAGAGGGUCGCUCCGUCAUCCUCACAUCACACAGCAUGGAGGAGUGUGAGGCACUGUGCACACGCAUGGCCAUCAUGGUAAACGGGCACUUCAAGUGUUUUGGGAGCAUCCAGCAUCUGAAGAACAGAUUUGGUGACGGCUACACCGUGAUCGUGAGGGUCGGAGGCUCUCCUCCUCAGCUCAAGCUGGUCGAGGACUUUGUCCUGCAGACCUUCCCGGGCAGCCUCCUGAAGGAGAAGCAUCACAACACACUGCAGUAUCAGUUCCCAUACGCAGAGGGCGCUUUGGCCAACAUCUUCAGCCAGUUCACCAAUCACCGGGAACAACUGGACGUGGAAGACUACUCUGUGUCCCAGACCACUCUGGAUCAGGUCUUUGUGAAUUUUGCAAGACACCAGCAUGGGGAGAACGACUCUGAGGCCUACGACAACCCAGUCGACAUUUCAGACGAGCUGCCACUGAAGUCUGUGAAGACCAUCCAAGAAGCGACGGUUUAACACCCACGAGAAAAGCCCCACAUAAUGCACUUGGACUGGGCCAGCAAUAUGCUGUACUUUAAACAAAUCUGUAAAGGGCUGAAAUGACUGACUGAUGGAUUUUAAACCAAACAAAGUUAUGUUUUAGUUUUGAUCACCACAUCAUGCCUUACAUCUCACUCUUAAGCUUUUAACUCUUUAUAUCAAUAUAUUAAAACACAGUGCAUCUUAAAACCAGCUAGCGUAUAGAGUUGUUUGAAUCAAAUCCUAAAAAGGCUGAACACAGCUUGGAGUAUUUCAUCUCUCCUCUAAAGCCUCUUUGAAAUAUUUUCUUCGACUGAAUGUUUUUAUACGAGACAGAAUAAAGGGGUCACCACACCAAAUGAAAAUUUAACCAGCUUCAAGAAUUUAACGGGUAUAAAUCAAUCUGCAUGUGAAAAACCCCAGAAAAAUUCUCACUGCGCUGGCAGAUUUUUUCCAUUUCACUCAGAAAAAUCAACUUAAAAGACUAAAUUAUAGAUUAAAAGACUUCAUAAGAAGAUGAUUUUGUGAAGCUUUCACAACAGAAAAUCCAGUCUGAUUUGUUCAGAUUAUAUCGCACCAAAAUAUAUCUCAGGAGAGUGACAGGACCGGUUGGUCAUGGAAAGCCUUUUUACAUUGCACAACAUCUUCAGACUGAUUUUAUAUUUUUAGAAUUGUUUACUCCUUGUAAUAAUAAUAAUAUUUCACACUGUAAAACUAUACAAGUAUACACUUAGCACUAUAGGUAUAUGUGUACAUUUAUAGAUACUGAGAGAUUAUCAAUAAGCAACUACUGAAACAACUUGUGUCUACAAAGAAAGCAACACAUCCCAUGUGUUCAACAACCUGAUCUUACUUCCAACUGUGUUAGAUUCAGUUAUUAUGAACAUCAGCAGACACACAUCAGAAUUAUUAAUGAAGAAAAAUCAACGUAGUUCUAUUUAUUACUAUUUUAUUGUCUUGAGGCAUUCAUCUAUUUAGUUCAUCACUUUUUCUUUUAGAAUGAAUACAAUCAUAUUUGUGUAAUAGCACUUUCUUAUAUUGAUACUAGUGUGUUGACCUAUGACACAUGAAUGAAGCACUCCAUCACAUACACAAAAAACGUACAGUUAAAGAGAAUACAUUUUCUCACAAUGUGCCUUUUAAACACACAAUGAUAGCUUGAAAACAAUUUUGCUAUCAGCCAUAAUGAACCUGUGUGGUAUAUAUGAUGUAGAAUGUCACUGUGUUGUCUUUGUUUUGUUUUGCAAGAAUGUAGAUCAUUUAACUGAAGUUGACUGUUUGCUACAGUAAGCCUCAUUUAGUGUCUUUUUCGAGGUCUGUCAAGCUUUCCAUUUACAUACAUUGAACUUAACGUAAUAAUUAAGUUUUAGUAGCAUUUCUAAAAGUUUGUUCUGCCAACGAUUUUGCAGUAAUAAAUGAAAACUCCUGUCUGUUCA